AUGAAUGGCAAUCUUCAGUUUUCCGUCUCCCUGUUAAGUUCUUAUGGCAGCCGAUUAUUGCAGUCACUGGAAGCGCAAAGAGAUGCAGUUCCAGCAAUACCGAGUGUCGCUUCAUCUGGCGUUCAACAGUUUGCUUCACGACGUUCUUUCCCAGUUACUUUCCCAGUGAGUUCCGGAUCUUCAUCGCAGCAUCAGAUUGUCAUGACAAGUGGUGGGCCGAUCGAUUCAUCUGCACAGCAGUCUUACGCUGUCGUUGUUACGUCACAGGAAAAUAUUUCAUCCGGGCAGCAGCAGCAACAACAGCAGCAACAAUUUGGUGGUCGUGUACAAUAUGCGGUGCGUCAAGAAGGAAGCAUAGGUGAACGACAAACCGUUUAUCGGUCAGCAACGUCCUCUGCAGUGAAGGCUCGACCAGGCACGGCAAUGAGCACUCAGAGAGUAAGUUUCGAGCCUUACAUUUCGUGCUUCAAAACUAUACUUUUUUAA